AGGGGCUAUGACCUUAGUGUAGAGCUGAAGAAAGGGAAAUUGAUAACCUUCGGCCACUCAGAGUGGCCCACUUUCGGCGUAGGGUGGCCUCCUGAGGGAACAUUUUGCCUCCCUAUUAUCACUAAGGUAAAAACUAAAAUUUUCCUACCAGGACGUUCGGGGCAUCCUGAUCAGAUCCCCUACAUCUUGGUAUGGCAAGACCUUGUGGAAAACCCGCCACCCUGGCUAACCCCUUUCAUACUGGCCCCGGAGCCAUGUAAAGCACUGGUCGCACGACCAGUGGAAAACUCUCACAAACCAAAAACUCCAUCCGCACCCCCCGUCCCUGUGUUGUCUGACAGUCAGGACCCUCUAACCUUAGAACCCCCACCCUAUCUCCCUCAUCCUGGUCCUCAACCUCAGGCCCCACCAAUGGCCCUCCCCGGGGGACACGAGGAACGGGAGGCAGCGGCCGCGCCAGUGGCAAUCGAAAACGAAAAUAGUUCCGGGGGACCAGCGGGACAAACGUGUGGACGCGCCCAACGUGAGACAGUCCCGCAGCCCCCCGAUUCCACUGUGGCACUCCCCCUGAGGGAAAUAGGACCCCCUGAUGAUACGGGCAACCCUAGGCUCCAGUAUUGGCCAUUUUCCACCAGUGACUUAUACAACUGGAAAACCCAGAAUGCCUGGUUCUCAGAUAACCCCAAAGACCUAACGGCCCUUCUAGACAGUGCUAUGUUCACCCACCAACCCACCUGGGAUGACUGUCAGCAGCUCCUCCGGAUUCUGUUCAUGACAGAGGAGUGAGAAAGAAUACAGGUUGAGGCCAGAAAACUGGUUCCCGGAGAUGACGGCCAGCCGACCGCCAAUCCUGACCUCAUCAAUGCAGCUUUCCCUCUGACCAGACCUAGAUGGGAUUACAACACGGCAGAAGAAAGUUCAUGAGGAGGUCUGGCCUAACCUAAGAGAGCUGUACAAAACAGGACCUCCACCCGAACCACAUCAGUUCCAGCCAGGAGAUUGGGUUCUCAUCAAACGCCAUCAGCAAGAGACCUUAGAGCCGAGGUGGAAAGGACCGUUCCAGAUAAUCUUGACAACACCAACUGCACUCAAGGUGGAAGGAAUCGCCACCUGGAUCCAUUACACACAUGCCAAACCAGUGGAUCCAGUCUCGGACCUCGUCGGACCGCCAGCGACCUGGACGAUCGACCGGACUAAAGACAAUCCUUUAAAACUCACCUUGCGCCGUCAACAACCUAAACUGUAAAUAUGAUAUCCCGUUCCCUCACAACGCUUUUGCUUGUACAGGCCUUUAUCUGGGAGACCCAAUCACAGGGGGCCUCAUCCCCGUUUGCUUGGCGUUUUUACUUAACUGAGAAUUGGACCAACCAUGCCCAGACACAAAAAGAGAGCCAGGUCUUGGCAACGGCUGACUGCCACCCUGCAGGGUGUCAAACGGCCAUCUAUCUAAAUUUCUCUGAUAUUGCCGCACAACCGGGAAAGGUCACCCCCACUAUCUGUUUUCUCUUUGACCAACAAAUCACCUAUUGUAAAGAUUCUUGGGUCGAACAGAAUGUCGGUUGUCCUUAUGGGUCCUGUGAAAGCCACACUGCCAAAACUCUCACAGCUUCCGAGACCCUCUCCAGACAACGCUAUAACUCUCAUAAUUUUUUCAAAACCAACUUAGGAUAUACAUGGGUUGUCUGGGAUCCGUGGGACUCCCGCUGGACCACCCGACAGAAAGGGGCCAUGUACAUGACCCCAAAAACAAUGUGGCCCAGCAGCCGCCUUUACCUUUGGCGCUCUCUUGUUCAGAUCCAAACCACCCUCCACGCUACAAUCCAGAAACAGGAAAAAGAACUAAACAUACAACUCUCAGCCUUAACUUCCCCCCUCCCCUUCUCUUGGUUAUCUCUACUAAGAGUGGGAUUACUGCUUGCAAAUGCCACCGGUCUAGGCAAUCUCUCCGCGUGCUUCUUCUGUGCUGCCCUAGGGCGACCACCCCUGGUGGCCGUCCCACUCACGGGCCCCUUCAAUAAUUCUCCUACAAACAGCUCAGGACCCUUCCUCCUCUCUGGUGUCCCCCUAUUCUUGAGCCCCGGGCAAACACAGGUCUCAUUCUGCUACUCAAAUGCUAGCACCUCCCUCUGCAAUACGACCUCUUCUCCUAACACAACCCUGUUCGCCCCUCAUGGUUCUUUCUUCUGGUGCAAUGGAACGCUACAUAAAAAUCUUUCCACCCAGGCCACUAAGACCCUCUUAUGCCUCCCUGUCACACUGGUUCCCCAAUUAACCUUACGAACCCCUGCAGAAUACCUGGGAUGGGACAACAUAUGGGACAGCAUACCAUCCCCCAGAACAAAACGGGCUAUAUGUCUUCCCCUGGUGGCCGGCAUCUCACUCGCCACAUCCGUAGUUGCAGCAGGACUGGCGGGAGGGGCCCCAGGCCAUUCUCUACUCACAACUGCUAAACUCUCCCAACAAUUCUCCAUAGCUAUGGAAGCCUCUGCCGAAUCCCUAGCCUCCUUACAAAGACAACUAACUUCCCUCGCCCAGGUUACCUUACAAAACCGAUGCGCCCUAGACCUACUAACAGCUGAAAAAGGGGGAACUUGUCUCUUUCACAAAGAAGAAUGUUGUUUUUACAUAAAUGAAUCAGGGUUAGUAGAGACACGGGUCCAACAGCUACACAAACUCAGCAUAGAAUUACAACAACAAAAGUUUACCUCUGCAGCUGAUAGUUGGUGGGCAUCCUCCAUGUACUCCCUCCUAAUGCCCCUCAUGGGGCCACUACUUAGCCUACUCCUCCUCCUUACCGUAGGGCCCUGCAUAAUAUCCAAAAUUAUAAACUUUAUUAAAGAUAGAAUCAACACAGUCCAACUAAUGGUCCUUAGAGCCCAAUACCAGCCCGUCAUGACAACAGAAUCAGUAUAAGACCCAAGAUUGGCUCUUAAAGGUACCAGAGACAGGGGGGGAUGAAAAGACUAAAAGGCAGAAAUGAAAUCCACAG